AUGGUAGACUGUGAUGAGCUGAGAGAGUGGAAAUACUUGACCAUGCUUCGGACAUCUUUUAUAGAGCAGCUAACAGAGUGGUUUGACUACAUGGGCAUCCAGGAAGAAAAAGAGCAGUGGAUCCAGGCCAAAUAUGAGCAAAAACUCUUUCUUGCUCCAUUGCAAUGUUUAGACCUUUGUUUAGUUCAGCGACUACUACGAGCAUCUGCAGAAGAAGAUUUGCAGACUGUCAUCCUGCUUCUUGCACAUGGAACACAUGAAGAAAUGAAUGAAACCUGUGGAGAAGGGGAUAGGCGAUCAGCUUUACAUUUGGCUUGCAGGAGAGAAAAUGUCAUAUUGGUGCAGCUCUUAAUUUGGUAUGGUGUUGAUGUUAUGGCACGUGAUGCCCAUGGAAACAGUGCUUUAGCCUAUGCAAGACAAGCAACAAGCCAAGAAUGCAUUGAUAUCCUCCUGCAUUAUGGUUGUCCAGAUGAACACUUUGUCCUUAUGGCUACUCCCAAUUUAUCCCGGAAGAAUACUAAUAAGAACAACACCAGUGCAAGGAUGCCUUCCAUCAUCUGA